GCCCAUUAGUUCCUCAGCACGUGAGUUGCUUUCAGGUCUGGUUGCUUUGGCUAAAUCAGCUAGCCCAUGUGGAGAGCAGGUUGGCAGCCCAAAACUAAGCAUCUCAGCCCAUUUGUCCCUGAGUUGCUCUUUGCAGCCUAUUUGCCUUUCACGUCAGGUCUCAGCGUCUCUGUUUCUGGACGAAGACGCAUAGCGCCGUAGCGGCACAAGCAAACCGAGCAGCUAGGAGCAAUCAGGAUUUGGGACUGGGGAUUUCUGGAGAUUUUGAGGCUGUUCUUCGUUGGUGACCUGGUGUAUAGCAGGCUAGGCUGUUGGUCAUUGGAGCAGGCGGAGCUCCUAAUCAACGAUGUCAGGUUCCGGUAGUAUGAACAUGAUGGAACGAUUCUUAAAAAGAAAAUUACCACCUGCUAGUGAUGAAGGGACUUCACGUGCAAAUCGAGUUGUAUCAAACAUCAAUGUUACUACUCAUUCUUCUUUAAUAUUGUCGCCAAAAGAUGUAAAUUUAGAUGAGCUGCCUUAUGAUCCGGCUGAUCGAAAGAGAAUCAAAGAAUAUCCUAGCCUUAAGCUACAAGAUCAGAUAAGGAGAAGAUAUUUGAUCAAAGGUCCUUACCGACCACAACCUGGAUUCAAUUAUCCGCAAACACUCAUAGUAGGCAAGCCACGGCGGUUUAACCCUGAAUGGUUUGAAGAAUAUGAUUGGCUAGAGUAUAGUGAGAAGGUGGAUAAAGCUUUUUGCUUAUACUGCUACUUGUUUAGAGAUUGUAUUGAAGGUCAAGCUGGAAAUGAUGCAUUUGUUACAAAAGGUUUCUCUUAUUGGAACAAGAAAAAAAGAUUAGACACUCAUGUAGGCGGAUUAACUAGUUUUCAUAAUGCGGCAGUGAAAAGAUGCAACAAUUUUUUAAAACCAAGCCAAUCAAUUGUUGUUGGUUUCAACAAGCAGAGUGAUGUUGCAAAAGAUGAGUAUUUUACUCGACUAAGUACUUCCAUAAAUGCUACUAGGUUCUUGUUGCAUCAAGGAUUAGCUUUUCGUGGUCAUGAUGAGUCAGAAGAUUCUAAGAAUAGGGGGAAUUUUCUAGAGUUGGUGAAGCUUUUAGCAGAGCAAAAUGAAAAAAUUAAGAAGGUUGUGCUAAGAAAUGCUCCAGAAAAUCAUCAAAUGGUGGCUCCAGCAAUACAGAAGGACAUUGUUCAAUGCUUUGCAGAGGUCAUAGUGAAUUCUAUCAUCGAAGAGAUUGGUGGUGAUGUGUUUUGCUUGUUGGUUGAUGAGUCUGCGGAUGUUUUAGACAAGGAACAAAUGGCUGUGGUUUUACGGUACGUCGACAAAUGUGGAGUGCUCAAAGAAAGACUCAUUAGUGUUGUUCAUGUUAAUGAGACAACAUCUUUAUGUCUCAAAUCUAACAUCGAUCAAUUAUUUACCGAGUAUAAAUUGAGCUGGAAACAAGUCAGAGGCCAAGGUUAUGAUGGAGCAAGCAACAUGAGAGGUGAGUUCAAUGGUUUAAGAGCUCUGAUCAUGAGAGAGAAUAGGUCAGCAUUCUAUGUCCAUUGUUUUGCUCACCAGCUUCAGUUAGUCAUAGUAGCAGUAGCUAAAAAAAAUGAUGAUAUUAGUGACUUCUUUGACAUGAUAUCUCUUCUUCUUAACGUGGUUGGAGCUUCUUGCAAACGGAAAGACAUGAUACGGGAAACUCAACAAGAGAGAGUAAAGAAAGCAGUAGGUGGUGGACAGAUUUGUAGUGGAACAGGAUUGAACCAGGAGCAAUCACUUCAAAGACCUGGAGACACUCGGUGGUGUUCCCAUUAUAAGACUCUUAAGAGUCUUAACAGCUUGUUUCCAUCUGUUAUUGAUGUGCUCCAAUAUGUGGAAAAAGAUGGCCCAAAUGAUACGAAGAGACGUCAAGCCCGUGGAAUUAUAGAUUAUCUUCAGGAUUUUGAUUUUGUGUUUCAUUUGCACCUGAUGUUGAUGAUCUUGGGAUAUGCAAAUGCUCUAUCACUUUGUUUACAGAGGAAAGAUCAAGAUAUAUUGGAGGCCAUGUUGGAGGUGAAGUCAACCAAACAGAAAUUUCAGGAGAUUAGAGAUGAUGGUUGGGAAUCUUUAUUGGAGAAAGUAUAUUCCUUUUGCGAAGAGCAUGGUAUUUCUAAGUUAGAUAUGGAAGAAGAGUAUGUUGAUCGUCAUAAACCAAGGAAAAAGUCGAACCACACUAAUUACCAACACUAUAGAUGGGAUUGUUUCAACCCUGUUGUUGACUUGCUACUUGCCGAGUUCAAUGACCGCUUCAAUGAAACAAAUUCUAACUUGCUUUCUUACAUGGCUGCUUUCAAUCCCAAGGAUUCUUUUGGUGAGUUCAAAUUGGAGAGCUUAAUGGAAUUAGCUAAGCUCUAUCCUGAUGAUUUUAGUUCUAUUCAACUUACGAACCUUGCUCAUGAGCUUCAGAUUUACAUUGACAAUGUACAAGCUGAUGAAAGAUUUUCCAACUUGAACACCAUUACCGAACUUGCUAAAUUGAUGGUGGAUACAAAGAAGCAUCUUGCUUUUCCUUUGGUCUAUCGACUUUUAAAGCUAGUACUUGUUUUGCCUGUUGCCACCGCAUCAGUGGAGAGGUGCUUUUCGGCAAUGAAAAUUGUGAAGACGAUACUACGUAAUCGUAUUGGUAACAAGUUUAUGAAUCAUUGCAUUAUUUGCUUUGUCGAGCCUGCCUUUCUAGCUACAAUCCCAAAUGAUAUUGUCAUAGAUCACUUUCAGAAGAUGGAAGAUCGUAAUCGUAAAAUGCUUCUAUAAGAGGUUACUUCAUAUAUCAGCAGUGAUGCCAGUUUUUGAGCUUUGGACCUUAUAGUUAUCUGAUUAUAUCUACAUUGCUUAAUUAUCGGAUGUCUGAAUUAUUACACUGAGUUUAUCUAAAUUGGUAGGUUUCCUUAACUUUAUUACUUAGUACUUACCAUUGAUUUAUUAUACUUUCCCUACGUAUUGUUAGUUCACUAGAAGUCAUAUUCGUUGUUGAGAGUUGAUGGUGACACCAUCGAACUAAA